AUGGCCCCCCGCCCCCAAUCCUCCGCUGCCGGCGUGCUCGCCCUGCUCUCAGAAUCGGACCCCCUCCUCAAGCACCACGCUCUCAAGGCCCUCGUCUCCCUCGUCCCCCAGUUCUGGGCUGAAAUAUCAGAGCACAUUGCUCUCGUUGAAUCGCUCUAUGAGAGCGCAGAUCUCUCUCUAGAUGCGCGCCGUCUGGCCGCGUUGCUCGCCAGCAAAGUCUACUAUUACCUGGAGGAAUACGACGAAGCUUUGUCCUUCGCCCUCGGAGCGGGAAGCGCGUUUGAACAACACAGCGGCACUCCCGGCUCCGAGGAGUACGUCGAAACUAUCGUCUCCAAGGCAAUCGACCGCUAUGUCCAAGUGCGGUCGGAAGAGCAGUCGGGCGCAGAGAGCAAGAUCGAUCCGCGACUGCAGGGGAUCAUAGAGGGCAUUUUCCGUCGCUGCAUUGAAGAGGGCGAAUAUAAGCAGGCAAUAGGCAUUGCCCUAGAAUCGCGACGACUCGACAUCAUCCAACAAAUAUACGAGCGAACCCACGACGUUGGGCUGCUUUCGUACGCGAUGGAAGCUGUCCUCAAUACCACCUUUUCCCUCUCAUACCACGACCAAGUCCUCAACUUCCUCUACCCGCUUUUCCCUCCGCCAACCAUCGACUCGAAAUCACCCCACAUAUACUCCUUGACGCGUCUCCUCGUGACUUUGAACAAUCGGAGUCUGACCGUCUCCCUGCUCACCUCCUUGGUUCCGAAAGAGAAUCUUUUGGCCUACCAGCUUGCGUUCGACCUCGCCGAGGGAGGUGCGCAGGAUUUCUUGGAAAGCGUACGCAGUGGACUCCCGGAAGGAGACGAGGCCACGAAGCCUAUCUUUGAUACCCUGCGCAAAAUUUUGGCGGGUCAUGAAGCCGUCAAACUGUACCUUGCAUUCCUCAAGCUUAACAACAAGACCGAUCUCCUUAUCCUCAAGCAUACCAAGGACUCGCUUGAACCCCGUUCUUCCGUUUACCACUCCGCCCUCUCAUUCCAAAACGCAUUUAUGCAUGCUGGAACGACAUCUGAUGUUUUCCUCCGGGAGAACCUUGAAUGGCUAGGCUACGCAUCCAACUGGUCUAAAUUCACCGCGACGGCCGCUCUCGGUGUCAUCCACAAAGGGAACUUUGAGCAUGGCAUGGUCAUUCUCGGCCCAUAUCUGCCCAAUGAAAAUGGUGGAGAGAGCCAGCUUGCAGGGGCAGCGUACUCCGAAGGUGGUGCGCUAUAUGCACUCGGUUUAAUUAAUGCGGGCGUGGGCAGUGGCCAGACGGUCGAGGAGUACCUUCGUAACAUGCUCAAGGCCGCGCAAGGCGAGGUUGUGCAGCAUGGUGCAGCGCUCGGUCUCGGCAUUGCCGGCAUGGGUGGGCACAACGCAGACGCGUACGAAGAUCUGAAAUCGACGCUAUUCAACGACUCUGCGAUCGCUGGUGAGGCUGCAGGCUACGCCAUCGGCCUGGUGAUGCUUGGAACGGCGGACGAGACGUGCGCGAAUGAAAUGUUGACCUAUGCUAGGGAGACGCAGCACGAGAAAAUCAUUCGUGGACUGGCGAUCGGAUUGGCGUUCCUCUUCUAUGGACGGCAGGAAGAGGCUGAUGGAAUGGUCAAGCAAUUGUUGGCUGAGAAGGAUCCUAUCCUGCGUUACGGUGGCGUAUACACGCUCGCGUUGGCCUAUGCCGGAACAGCCAACAACGAUGCUGUACGGAAACUUCUUCAUAUCGCCGUCUCGGACACGUCCGACGACGUCCGCCGUGCUGCCGUCACGUCUCUCGCUUUCUUGCUAUUCAAGAACCCGAGCCAAGUUCCACGGAUUGUCCAGCUGCUCAGUGAAAGCUACAACCCCCAUGUUCGAUGUGGUGCUACUCUCGCACUUGGCAUCGCCUGUGCAGGCACUGGGCUGCAAGAUGCUGUCGAGAUUCUGGAGCCCAUGACCAGAGAUAGCGUGGACUUCGUUCGCCAGGGUGCAUUCAUCGCUCUCGGCAUGGUCCUCGUCCAACAAUCUGAAGCAUCGUCACCCUCCAUGGUCCCAACGCGCGCUCUGUAUGCUAAAAUUAUCGCCGACAAGCAUGAGGAUCCCAUGGCGCGGUUCGGUGCGGUUCUUGGUCAGAGCUUCAUCGACGCUGGUGGCCGAAAUGUCACGAUCAGUCUGCAGAGCCGUGCGGGCACGAAGAACACGAGUGCGAUCGUCGGGAUGGCGAUGUUCUGCCAGUUCUGGUAUUGGUAUCCCCUUGCGCACUGCGCGUGCUUGGCGUUUGAGCCAACAGGAAUCAUCGGAUUGGAUGAAAACCUUCGGAUCCCCAAGAUCGAUUUCAUCUCGAACGCACGACCGAGUUUGUUCGCGUAUCCACCGUCGACAAAGCCUCUCAAGAAAGAGGUUGUCGCGAAGGUCGCCACCGCCGUCUUGUCCACAACUGCCAAGGUCAAGGCGCGUGAACGGAAGAAGGCUGGGGAGGCUAUGGACACGGAUGAGAAGGUCGAGGUGAAAAAAGACGGGGACGUGGAGAUGAAGACUGACGAGCCAUCGUCUUCAACCCCUCAUGGCGACAUUUCUCCCAUCAACGCAUCGCUCUCCAAUCUCGCCGACAGUCAACCAGCGGAACCCAGGCCCUCGUCCUCGAAGCGCAAGGAACCCACAUUCGAGAACCUAGGUAAUCUAUCUCGCGUGACGCCAGCACAAUUUGCGCAUAUCGUCUUCCCCGCCGAAAGCCGGUACCAGCCAGUACGCCCGGUGUCUACAAGACCUGCCUCGAGUGGGAAAGGCAAGGCGUCUGGAAGCAAGACGCCCGUGUCCGUACUCCCAGGGGAGAAGUAUGCUGGCGGUGGCGGCAUCCUGAUGCUCAUUGAUCAGCGCCCCAAAGAGGCGUCUGAGUUUAUUGCCUUCUUCUCUGGGCCUAUCGACUCCGCUGAGCGCGAUUACGACUCUCUUGAACAAUGGUCAGUCGCUUUGGACCCCGAUGAGCCUGAAGCCGAGCUACCACGACCGUUCGAGUAUCCUUUCGACAACGAUACUUAG